AUGGCUACCCAAGUACAUCAGCAGGACUUCGUUCCUGCACCAGCCAGCAUCAAGUACAACUCUGCACACCCGCUCUGUGCUCUUGGGCCAGAAGAGAUAACAUACACUGCCGACCUCAUCCGUUCGCAGUGGCCGGCACAAACCGAUCUACGAUUCAAGACAAUCACUUUUCAUGAGCCAGCCAAAGCAGAGCUUAUACCAUACUUUCAAGCAGAACAUGCAGGUAGUGCUCUGCCACAUAUUGACAGAAGGGCAUUCAGUUCCUACUACAUUCGAAACACAGACCGGUAUCAUGAAGCUGUGGUGAAUUUGUCUAUUGGUCAGGUAGAGCGGAACGCGCGCCUUGGGACAAAUGUCCAUGGCAACGGAGAUUACGAUGAGAUCCUUGCCAUUGAGAAGAAUGCCCUCGAGGAUGAGCGUGUUAAAGCAGAAAUUGCCAAAUUGAAUUUGCCUGAAGGGACAGUCGUGUGUGCUGAUCCUUGGAUCUUCGGUCAGGAUGGCGAAGAAUGUGACAAACGCCAGUUUCACGUCUUCCUCUACAUGCGUGACCCUGCCAAUGCGUCGGAAGUCGACUCCUGUCAUUACGCGUUUCCCUUGCCGAUAUCUCCAGUUGUGGACGGGAUUACCUAUGAGGUCACACGAGUCGACAUGCUCCCUACUGGUAAGGAUAACACCAUCAAGCCAGUCUCAAAUUGGGUUCCAGUGCCACCAAAUGAGUACAUCAUGGAGCACCAGCAACUUCGCAAGGACCUCAAACCAUUGCAUGUAGUACAGCCAGAAGGCGCCUCCUUUUCCGUCGAGGCGCUCGGCAGCGACACAUUGCAAACCAUCGCUUGGCAGAAGUGGCGUUUCAACUUGCAUUACAACGCUCGAGAGGGACCUGUUCUGUUCAACGUACAGUACGAUGGCCGUCCUCUCUUCUACCGAGUGUCGUUGUCCGAGAUGAACAUUCCAUAUGCUGACCCACGUUAUCCUUUCCACAAGAAGUCAGCGUUUGAUCUGGGCGACGCCGGUGCAGGUGCAAUGUGCAAUGAUUUACAACUUGGCUGUGACUGUCUCGGCCAUAUUCAGUACGUUUCUUCUACAAUAGCUGACGACAAAGGCCAGCCAGUCCCUCUCCCAAAUUGUGUAUGUAUCCAUGAACAGGAUGGCGGCAUUGGCUGGAAGCACACCAACUACCGCACAGGCAGGGCAGCUGUCACACGAAAUCGGGAAUUGGUCCUCCAAACCAUUAUCACCGUCAGUAACUACGAGUACAUCAUGGCCUAUAUCUUUAAUCAAGUUGGAGAACUCACUUAUGAAGUUCGGGCAACUGGUAUUCUGUCGACACAACCGAUCGACCACGACCUCUGUGGUGAAGAUGGCGAAGGUGUACCUUGGGGUACAGUAGUGCACCCAGGAGUCCUUGCGACACACCACCAACACAUUUUCUCCCUCAGGAUCGACCCUAACAUCGGAUCGCUCGAGCAAGGCAACCAGCUUGUCUACUCAGAAGCUCAUCCUAUGCCUGUUGACGACUUCAACCCUCACGCAACAGGUUAUUAUACGCAAGAUACUCUAGUGACACAUUCGGCAGGAUUAGACCUGGAUUUCGACGCCAAUCGUCUGUUUAAGAUCGUCAACCCUAAUCAGAAGAACAAGAUAAAUGGAAAGCCUAUCAGCUACAAGAUCAUGGCGCCGCCUUUCCAGAAGAUCCUCUCCAGGCCUGAGAGCUACAACUACAAGCGUGCGGAAUUUUCCAAUCGAAACAUCUAUGUCACCAAGUAUCAAGACCAAGAACUCUACGCAGGAGGCUGGUAUACCAACCAGUCUCGAGGCGGAUCAGGAGUCCGCAGUUGGGCUGAACGGAACGACCCUAUUUCUGGCCCAACUGGCAAGGAAGGUGACGAUUUGGUUGUCUUCGUUCAGUUCGGUAUCAACCAUGUUCCAAGAAUCGAGGAUUUCCCUGUCAUGCCCUGUGAGAAGAUCAGUGUCCAUUUGAAACCAGUUAAUUUCUUUGAUAAAAAUCCUGGUCUAGAUGUGCCACCUAGCGAGCAGGCAUUCAAUCAGAGCACAAGUGCUGCUUGCCAUCAUCAGGCUGGAGAUGUGGAAGCAAAGGUGGGAGGCGACGGUGUACCGAGUGUCAGUGCCAAAUUGCAGAAGUUGGAUAUCUAA